AUGAAGUAUUCCGCCCUUCUUUCCCUUGCCCUGGUCGGAUCCGCUGAGGCUUUCCGUACCCAAGCAACCAAGAAGCAACCGCGCAAGCUUGAGGAAUGUAACAACGCCCCCGAUAUCUUCACGGACGACUACACCACCUUCGGAGCUACCUACAAAGUCAAUUCCUACAGGGGUAAUCCCAACUGCCAAGACUUGGGAUUUGCCUAUGGAUACAAGAUGGAUGAGCGAUGCUUUGAUGCCACCGACCAUCCCUUUGGCACCGAAGACAGCUCCAUCAAGUACGCCAAGACACAGGGUGACUGCGCUUCUGGCACUACUCCCUCUGGAACCUUCACCACCAAGUGCAUCGACGAUGGUGAGACCCCAGAGACUGCUGCUCCUACCGUCGAGUGUGAAUAUGAAUGGGUCGUCGACCACGAUGUUGCCACUUCUCCCGCUGAGGUUUCCAUCCACGUUGAGAUGUUCCCCCAACAAGAGGCUGCCCACUUCAACAUCACCCUUGAUGAUCCCCAGUACGGAGGCAAAACUUUCACUGAUGGAUGGUGCAUUGACUGGGACCGUCUCAUUGGUACCCAAGACUGGGAUGUUGAUAUCUUCAGUUUUGGCUCUGAUGCCAUCCCUGCCGCUGCUUUGGACAAGCACGACAUGCUCCCCAACUUGGCAUGGUUGAUCAACAACAUUGCCAUUGGAGACACUGUCGAUGAAGUGGUCCAAGGAGAACAAUGUACUGGAACUGUCAACUGGCUCGAAAUCCAAGGAGGUAUCUGGGGUCUUGUUGAUAACAUCAACGGUACCGGUACUGAUUAUGAGACCUACCGACACGAGUGUGUUGCGCGAUGGGUCCGUGACCAAGCUAUUGCUAACGGUAAUGGAUACACUAUUGACUGCUCUGACCCCAAUGAACAAAUCCCUCUUGUCAUGGUCAUCGACGAGGGCUCCCACUACCCCAAGCAACGAGAGAAGUGGACCCACCACUGGCUAUGA